AGCAUAUUUCCCGUGAAUUGCACAAGGCGCAAUGGCAGUCCGCUUCGACCUGAAAACGGUCGACGAAGUGCUAGCGCAUUACAAAGUCACGGAAGAAGCGGGUCUCAAUGAUGCCCAGGUCGAGGCCUCGCGCAAGGAGCAUGGCUAUAACGAGCUCGACAAGGAAGAGGCGACGCCGCUGUGGAAGCUCGUGCUUGAGCAGUUUGACGACGCGCUCGUCAAGAUCCUCCUCGCCGCGGCCAUGGUAUCUUUUGUCCUGGCGUGGAUGGACGAGGACAACCAUGGCGAAGGGAUCGGCGCGUACGUCGAGCCGUUUGUGAUCUUGGUCAUCUUGGUGCUGAACGCCGUCGUUGGCGUCUGGCAAGAGUCGAACGCCGAGUCGGCCCUUGAAGCGCUCAAGAACUUGCAGCCGGAGAACGCGCGCGUCCUGCGCAACGGCCACAUGCAGACGAUCGCUGCGCGCGAGCUCGUGCCCGGUGACGUUGUCGAAGUCCGCGUCGGCGACAAGGUGCCGGCCGACAUGCGCCUCAUCUCGCUCAAGACGACGGCGAUGCGCGCGGAGCAGUCGCAAAUGACGGGCGAGAGUGUUUCCGUCAACAAGGAAAUCGACGAGCUCCCGGCCAACACGGAAGACGUGAUCCAGGCCAAGAAGAACAUGCUCUUUGCGACGACCGUCAUUGUCAACGGCAUGGGCCACGGCGUCGUCGUCAAGGUCGGCAUGGAAACCGAGAUUGGCCAGAUCCAGAAGAGCGUCCAGGCCGCCGCCGAAGACGAAGAGUCGACGCCGCUCAAGAAGAAGCUCGACGAGUUUGGCGAGCUCCUCUCCAAGGUCAUUGGCGUCAUCUGCCUCGUCGUGUGGUUGAUCAACUACAAGAACUUUUUCGACCCCGUGCACGGCUCCGUCUUCAAGGGGUGCAUCUACUACUUCAAGAUUGCCGUCGCGUUGGCUGUCGCCGCCAUCCCGGAAGGUCUGCCUGCCGUCAUUACGACUUGCCUCGCGCUCGGCACCAAGAAGAUGGCCAAGAAGAACGCGAUCGUGCGCAAGCUGCCGUCGGUCGAGACGCUCGGCUGCACGACAGUCAUUUGCUCGGACAAGACGGGCACGCUCACAACCAACGAAAUGUCGUGCGUUAGCUUUACGCACCCGGGUGCGACCGAAGACGAUCUCAUCUCGUAUGAGGUUGAAGGCCACACGUAUGCGCCGCUCGGCGCCAUCAAGACGACGCAGGUCGGUAGCCAAAAGUCGGUCUUUAGCCUCGCCACCGUCUGCGCCAUGUGCAACGAGUCGGAGAUCGAGUACAACGACGGCAAGUACGUCCGCGUCGGUGAGCCCACAGAAGCCGCGCUCCGCGUGCUCGUCGAGAAGGCCGGUGUGCCGGACGCGACGGCCCAAGCCGAGUUUGAGGGCCUGCGCAAGACCAACCCGGCGAAGGCCGUCCAGUACUGCAACUCGUUCUGGAAGCGCCAGUUCAAGAAGCUCGCCACGCUCGAAUUCUCGCGCGACCGCAAGUCCAUGUCGGUGAUUUGCGCGUCGGUGGCGACCAAGGCGAACGUGCUCUUUGUGAAGGGCGCGCCGGAAGGCCUCCUCAAGCGCUGCACGUCCAUUCAGCUCAGCAACGGCACGACCGUCGCGCUCACGGAGAAGGGCAAGAAGGCGAUUCUGGCCAAGGUGACGGAGAUGGCGGGCCUGAGUCUGCGCUGCCUCGCAAUUGCGCAAAAGACGUCGGACCUCAAGAACCUCGCGUCGUACGACGGUGACCGCCACCACGCGGCCCACAAGACGCUCGAGCAGACGGACAACUUUGCGUCGAUCGAAUCAGGCUUGACGUUCCUCGGCCUCACGGGGAUGCUCGACCCGCCGCGCCCGGAGGUCCGCCCGAUGAUUGCCAUGUGCAACACGGCCGGCAUCCGCGUCAUUAUGAUUACGGGCGACAACAAGCUCACGGCCGAGUCGGUGUGCCGCAAGAUUGGCAUCUUUGAGGCCGACGAGGACGUCUCGACCAAGUCGUUUACGGGCGCCGAGUUCUUUUCGCUGCCGGCCGAGAAGCAAGUCGCGCUCUUGAUGAACAAGGACGGCAACGGCAUGGCGUUCUCGCGCACGGAGCCCAAGCACAAGCAGAUGCUGGUCAAGAUGCUCAAGCAGAACGGCGAGGUGACGGCCAUGACGGGCGACGGCGUCAACGACGCUCCCGCGCUCAAGCAGGCCGACAUUGGUAUCGCCAUGGGCAUCUCGGGCACGGAAGUCGCCAAGGAAGCUGCCGACAUGGUGCUGGCCGACGACAACUUUGCCACGAUCGUGUCAGCGGUCGAGGAAGGCCGUGCGAUCUACAACAACAUGCAGGCGUUCAUCCGGUACCUCAUCUCGUCCAACAUUGGCGAGGUCGCGGCCAUCUUCUUCACGGCCGCGCUCGGCUUGCCCGAAGGCCUCAUUCCCGUCCAGUUGCUGUGGGUGAACCUCGUCACGGACGGCCCGCCCGCGACCGCGCUCGGCUUCAACCCGGCCGAUAAGGACAUUAUGACCAAGCCGCCGCGCCGCGCCAACGACGUGCUCAUCAACGGCUGGACCUUCUUCCGCUACAUGGUGGUCGGCAUCUACGUGGGCUUUGCGUGCGUCGGUGUGUUUGCCUACUGGUACAUGUUUUACGACGCGUCCAACGACGGCCACUCGCUCAUCACGUACCACCAGCUCACGAACUGGGGCAAGUGCGCGACGUGGUCCAACUUUACCGUCAACAACUUUGACGGGCAUGACUUUUCGGCGGACCCGUGCGCGUACUUUACGGUCGGCAAGGCCAAGGCGUCGACGCUGUCGCUCUCGGUGCUGGUCGCGAUCGAGAUGUUUAACGCGCUUAACGCGCUCUCGGAAGACGGGUCGCUCGUGACGAUGCCGCCGUGGUCCAACCCGUACCUGAUCAUUGCCAUGUUUGUGUCGUUUGGCCUGCACUUUGUCAUUCUGUACGUCGACUGGCUCGCGGCCAUCUUUAGCGUCACGCCCCUCGACUUUAACGAGUGGCUCGUCGUCCUCGCGUUCUCGCUGCCCGUCAUCCUCAUUGACGAAGUGCUCAAGCUCUUUGGCCGGCACUUUGCCGCGCGCGACCUCGAGAAGCGCAUGGCGGGCAAGCUCAAGCACGAGUAGACGCUCACUCGAGUUGUGUCGAUGGAAGACACGGCGUAGUACGAUGGAACGACCGAUGAUGUAGUAGAAGCUGGUGCUUUGUAAUGGAGACCAACACGACUCCACACCGUUACCGAA